AUCAGUGCCAGCUCUCAGUGCUCAUCCAUGCCACCUGCCAGUGUCCGAUCAGUGCCACAUUUCAGUGCCCAUCAGUGCCACAUCAAUGCUACAUAUCAGUACCCAUCUGAGCUGCCUUUCAGUGCCAGUCAGUGCCGCCUGUCAGUGUGCAUCAGUGCCACCUAACAGUGCCAGUCAUCAGUGCCGCCUAUCAGUGCCAGUUAGUGCCGCCUAUCAGUGCCACCUAUCAGUGCCAUAUAUGAGUGCUGCCUUUCAGUGCCCAUCAGUG